CCGCAAGUGGAAGGUUACUGUUUAUGGGACUGAACCACUUAAAGUCAUCUAACGUCUCUGCGGAUAACAUCAGCUAUCGUUGUCGGCAGGCAACAUAAUUAUUAUCGUGUGAGCUCUACUGACAUUGUCCUCGUCCUUCCACAGAUCAUCUCGUCACUCAUUAAAUACUUUAAUACUUUCUACCACGAGACAAAAUGAAGGCCUCUUUCAUCACUACCGUCCUCGCCGUACUCCCGGCCUGGGUUAGUGCGGUCGCCAUCACCAACAGCAACUUCAACGACAUCGAGACUGGCAAGCCUUUCGAGAUCACCUGGUCCGAUGCUGCUGGCCCCGUUUCUCUUACCUUGAAGGAUGGCCCCUCUGACAACCUCAAGACAGUCUCUGAGCUUACCUCUGGCCAGACUGGCACGAGUUACACUUGGGUCCCUUCUACCUCGCUGCCUUCUGGAACUUACGCCCUCGAGAUCAACGACGGCACCGAGGUGAACUACAGCCAGCAGUUCGAGAUUUCAGGCGGCUCUGCUAGCAGCAGUUCGGUUAGCACCACGGCCUCGCAGACUAGCACGUCUUCGGCUGUCUCGUCGACUGUUGCCUCUAGCAGCGCCACCGUCACUAGCAGUGGAACUUCUUCGACUCCUACUAGUUCUAGCACGUCGUCUGGGUCUUCUAGCUUCACUACUAGCACUAGCAGUGGUUCCAGCACCAGCAGUGGUUCCAGCACUAGCAGUGGUUCUAUCACCUCGUCUAGCACCCGUGCUAGUUCCACUUCUUCUGCAGCCAAGACCUCGUCUGCUACCUCCGAGACACCCGUGCCCAACACGAAUGCCGCUCAGACGGUGGCUCCGUUUGUGGCCCCGAUGCUUCUCGCAGUUGGUGCGCUUUUCGUGUAAGCGCAUGAUAUGUCUCGUUCUAUUCAUCAAGAGCAGUAUGAUUCUCCCGGUUCGGACGUUUUCGUUGUACAAAUACGCUUUUCGCCUCUCGUACAAUGCCAUGCACUGGCAGUUGAGGCUUAAUGGAAGGAAGCAUAUGAUUUAAGAGCUGUUGCGAUUAAAGGGAUUUCGACGUAUGAAGCGUUUUGGGACUACUUCGUUGUAUACGUAGAGUAUCCCAGAUCAAUGUAUAAUCUUCUUAGCGACAGGUAGUUUCCGUCGCAUAGUCGUGAUAAGAUCCAUCUGCUAGUGCUCAAUGAGAUUCAGAUCGUUCAGUUAAACUAAGAUCUCGAUACUGGGAGGACGCUCGAUUGUUAAGGGCAUGUCCGCCAAGGCCGUCCUUCUCCACUUGCAUAUCUGAUCUAAGAUUUCCGUGCGGGAACUCGCAUGGUCCAAUAGGAAAAUAAGCAUGCGAGAUAGUUGUGACGUUUUAAAGAUUACCUAUGUUUCAAACUAAAGUAUGCUUCCAACGACGGGAGUAUACGAGUAGAUGGAGAUAUCAACUACUAGUAUUCUAUGCUCCUCUUUUCCUAACAUCUAUGUACUGAGUAACGUAGAUCAUGC